AUGGAUGAACAAACAUCAUUAAAGAAGACAGCCUUUUCAUUCCCAAAGCUCUAUAACUUUCCGCCUUUUUUCACAAGGCAGCCUAAUCAGCAGACAUAUCACACACAACUCGAGGCUUGGAGGAAGAUUGUGAUAGAAUAUUGUCGAUUUUAUCGAAUAUGGGCUCUCUCUUUGAAUGGGAUAGCAUUGACAAACGUAAAAGCCGGGUCCUCUUCCGGUGAUGAUGAGGAUGAAGAAUCUGAACCUUCUGGGACGGAAGGUGAAAAAGCAUCGGUAUUCAAAAACACAAAGAUAAAUCGUGAAGUGAAGGGUGAUUUCAUUAUGACAAUCUACGAGAGUUUGAUUGAGAAGAAAGAGGCUAGUUGGAUAAAUGAACAAAACCAGCGUUUAGGUAUUCUGAUAUAUUGGAAUAGUCUUGAAGACUGGGCAACAAUGCUAAUGAACUGGGUGGUAUCAACAGGACAAGACGGAAAUGUUUUAACUAUAUACGAACUUCAGAAUGGUGAAGCAGUUCAAGAUCAAGAAUUUGCUGGCAUGGCUACCGAGACACUUACACGGGUGAUUUCUGUUCUCGCCAAGGAAGGAAGAGCAAGAGUUCUUAAAGAUGACGAUGGAACGAUCGCUGGAGUCAAAUUCGGAUCAUAA